CCGAGUCUAGAGGCUAUAUUGCCUUCAAAAUUAAGGAUUUGAUUAAAUAAAAGUGUAUAAAAGUUAUUCCUAAGGAAGGCACGAUGAUGUUUGCUGUGAUGCUUAUCGUGGGCAUCAUGUCAAUGUGUGCUUAUGGUAAACCACUCGACUCGCCUGACCCGUAUAUAUUUCCUCCUUUACCCCCGAUGCCCCCGUUUUAUGAUUAUCUAAAUCCAGAUAUUGUGGAAUAUCGAGAAGGUACUACUCAUAGAGUGGAAGAGAAAUACUGCAUGAUGAACAUCACAUAUGAGGGUCAACCAAGAAAUGAUCUGCUUGAUCCGCUAGAAGCAUGUUGCAUUUUGCUCUAUAACGAACGCUAUGAUGUCGACAACACUUUGAAAUGGACAACGAUUGACACCCUACAAUGCCAACGCACGUGCAGAACGAUUUCAAAUGUGUAUGGAAAGCCAAUUGCUCACGGGAGCCUCCCAAACUGCAAAAACGUUGAUAACAUGAAUGACUUCAAGGAUGGUUUGCUGUACGCGGCAGACCCCGUUGGAGAACUGGUGCAAAGAAUGUUCAAUUGUAGAAAAUUCACCACGAGAGAAAAAUGCAAAAUGUCCAAGCGUUAUUUUUACAAAUGUUGUAGUUUGAAUCCCGAUGAUAUCGCUUAUACAUGCCCGUCAAAUUGCACUAAACAUAUUAAAUUAUAA